CUAGUUCCUCCUCUCGAUGGUGCCCACCACGACGGAGCGCGCUGCGGACGCGCUCGCCACUCUCAUGACGGAGACAGUGGCGUCGCCGAUGCACGGCGGCGUCGAGCAGCAGAGCGCCGGCCAGCUCCUGAUGCACUACGCCACCGACAGCGAGCACCGCGUGCUUGAGGUGGACGCGCAGCGCCGGGUGGCGGCCCAUCAGCGCGCGUGGCUCGCCUCGUUGCGCUGCUGGUCGCCCUACAGCCUGCUGACCUGCUCCAGCUGCUACAUGCUCCUCCGGUUCCCCGCGCACGAGCGAGAGGUCGCGAGGGCGCACCGCCUCGUGCUGCGUGACAGGACGCUGCUGCUCGAGGUGGACGAGCACGUGGCGCCCGCGGCGAGGAGCGACGGCGUCUACGUGCCGAGCUGCUGCUGGCCGGGCGGGCUCUGCGCCGGCCUCGGUGGGCCGUGCGGCGCCGACAAGGUGCACGUCCCCGACCGGCAGGCAGUGAUCCGUCUUGAGGAGCUUGAGGAUAUCUCGGUCGUCGCGUCGCCGCGCGGCUGCUGCGGCUGCCCCGACGGCCCCGACCACCUCGUCAUCACCGUCCAGCAGUCUGCCCACGAGAAGGAGGCCUUCAGGCUCAUCGGCGCGGCUGCGCACGUCGACGGCUACGCCGCCCGCUCGGGCCGACUCGCGGCGGUCAUCGCCGGGCCAAAGGAUGGCGAGGCGUUCUGCGCGGCGGUGCGGGCGCAGGCGGAAAAGGUCCGCAGGGAGAACCUCGACACCGACCCACCGUCGCCAGAGACACGCGAGAUACUGCCGCGCCGCAGCGGCGCCCCGCCUGGGGUCGCAGCGCCAAAGCCCCUCGAGAUGGCGUGGGCGCGCGAAAGGGCACCAGCGGAGAAGGUGGUGCCGGCGGAGACGGUGGAGCCUGCAGAGGAGAAGGGGGCUGGCGAGCCUGCUCCCGCCGCCUAACCGCACAUGCAACGCUCUUAUCUCUGCUGCCGACGACGCGUGAUCCUGCCCUCGCACGCACAACUCGCCCUAGCGCUUUCCACAUGGCAUGGGUGCCGCCGCGCCAUCCGUCUAUUAGUGCGCCCAGACGCACGGGUCAACAUGCUCUUGCGGUCUUGGGUGCAGUGCGUACAUGAGCGCCGAGAGAGUUUAACGUGUUCAUGGAAGAGAAUAUCUGCAGAACGUGAGGGAUUGAGAGAGGGAGAGAAAUUUACAACAAAACUCUCUCGCACAA